AUGGAAGAAGAAAUGGAUACAUUUUAUAACGCAUCCUACUGGGCCGAGUUCUCAUAUCGUGGAUAUGGCAUAAGUGAAGACGGGACCUUGUUCUGCGAACAACUACCUCAUGUUGUGAGCUCUGGUGGCAUGUGGGAGAUGCGACUAUUACAUUCAAAAGGGUUGACGUUCUGGGAAUACAGUCUUCCCGUUACCGAGGCCGUAAUCGUUUCAGUACUCUGUUUAUGGCAACUUUUCUAUUUCUUGCUAAAGAAGUUACGUCUCCCGGUGCCAAAGUUCACCUCCAUGAUGCUUGCCGGGGCAGCUUUGAGCCAAACAAGUCUUUUGCCGGAUGACUGGACGGUCAAACAAAUAUUUUUUCCGGAUGAUCUUAGGCCAAAAGUCCCUGAUACGAUUGGUGGCUUCGCUUUUGUCCUUUAUUGGUUCCUCGAAGGUGUUAAGAUGGAUGUUGGGAUGGUUAAGAAAACAGGUUCAAAAGUGGUAGUAACAGGAAUGGUCACAGUUCUUUUCCCCAUUUUCGUGGCUAACAUGGUGUUUGGUAAGCUAAGAGAGACAGGGGGGAAAUACUUGACAGGAGUUGAAUACAGGACAAUUCUAUUCAUGCAGUCCAUCUCAGCGUUCACGGGUAUCUCAAGGCUAAUAAGAGAUCUCCAGAUCAACCACUCAGAGUUCGGCAGGAUUGUGCUUUCGACGGCUAUGGUGGCGGAUGUAACGGGUUUUGGUGUUAAUCUAGUUGCCCUUGUGGCGUGGUCGGACUGGAGGGUUUCUUCCAUGCAAGGCGUAGGACUUGUCGGAUAUGUCAUAGUCAUGAUUUGUGUUGUGAGACCUGCCAUGUUUUGGGUGAUCAGACGGACACCGGAAGAGAGACCCGUGAAGGAAUGCUUCAUCUACAUCAUCAUGAUUUUGGCCUUCGGUAGUUUCUAUUUUUUAAAGAGGCUUCGCAUGUUUCCAGCAGUUGGACCCUUCAUUUUGGGUUUGUGUGUGCCUCACGGUCCUCCUUUAGGGUCUACAUUGGUACAAAAAUUUGAAAGCUUUAACAGUGGAAUACUUUUGCCACUUUUCUUGUUCUUCCCAAUGCUGCAAAUCGAUGGACCUUGGUUAGUUAACCAGAUCGGUCAGCUACGGCAUUUUGAUGGUCAGCUGUACGAAGCCUUGACCAUCAUCGUCGUUGUCUCCGUUGCCAAGAUUAUCUUCACAACGAUUCCUCCAUUGCUAGCCAAAAUGCCUCUAACCGACUCUUUCGUUAUGGCACUCAUCCUCAGCAAUAAAGGAAUUGUGGAGCUGUGUUAUUUUAUGUAUUCUGUUGAAGCCAGAGCUCUUCAAGCGAAGUCCUUCACGACAAUGGCUCUGAUGAUUCUAAUAAGCUCUACGAUAUUACCAGUGACGAUACAUUAUCUAUAUGAUUCGUCAAAACGAUUCAUUUCUUUCCAGAAGCGGAAUCUAAUGACCUUGAAGCAUGGAUCAGAGCUGAGGUUUCUACUGUGCAUUCACAAAGCAGGCCACAUAGCGGGGAUGAUCAACCUCCUAGAAAAAUCUUUUCCUUUAGAAGACUCCUCAAUCACUUGCUACGUGCUUCACCUCGUGAAGCUUGUGGGUUUGGACAAUCCACUCUUCAUCUCCCACCAAAUGCAAACGGCUGAACCCGGAAGCCGGUCUUAUUCAAACAACGUCUUAAUCGCCUUUGAUAGCUUCAAACAUUACUGGAAAUCAGUAUCGCUGGAGCUUUUCACAUCCGUUUCAAACCCAAAGUACAUGCACCAAGAGAUUUACUCACUCGCUCUCGACAAGCAAGCUUCUUUCAUCAUGCUCCCUUUCCACAGAAUAUGGUCCCUUGACCAGACAACGGUUGUCUCUGACGAUGUGAUGCGUAGGAACACUAACAUCAAUAUCUUGAGACAAGCACCUUGCUCCGUGGGGAUCUUUGUCCAUCGCCAAAACCUUAUAUCUUCGCAAAAGAGCAAUCCCUCUUUUAAGGUGUGCGCAAUUUUUGUGGGCGGGAAGGACGAUAGAGAAGCCUUGGCAUUGGGGAGGCAGAUGAUGAGGAAUCAAAAUGUGAGCCUAACAGUGUUGAAACUAGUCCCAGAGACAAUGGCUGGGAUGACUACAGGAUGGGAUCAGAUGCUGGACACGGCAGAGGUUAAGGAGGUACUAAGGAACAAUAACACAACUGCUGGAGCACAAUGUAGUUUUGUGGAAUUUGUGGAGGAGACAGUUAAGGACGGUUCCGACACAUCAACACUCCUUCUCUCGAUUGCUAAUUCUUUUGAUUUAUUUGUGGUGGGGAGAAGCGCCGGAAUAGGGACCGACGUGACGAGUGCCCUGACUGAGUGGACGGAGUUUCAUGAGUUAGGCGUGAUCGGUGAUUUGUUGAUAUCUGAAGAUUUUCCCCGCAGAGCUUCGGUGUUGGUGGUGCAACAACAACAGAAUGUAGCUUGUAGAUGA